UUAAUUUGUUUUUCGAAUGUUUUGUUGUAAAAAAAAAGUCAUGCCUUGUUGUUUUUUUUUUGGGAUUCAUUUGAUAAAAUUUUCAUGAAAAUAUGGCCCGAAAACAUGGAAUUAAACGAAAAACAGCCAUCAUCAAUGAUAAUAAUGAUAAUGAUGAUAAAAAAUUACAACGAAAAGAAGCUAAACAUUUAAAAGAUUUUGGUGAAAAACAUCCAAUUAAUGAUAAAAUUCGUUUAGAAGAUCGUUGUGCUAAACGUGUUUAUGAAACAAAUGAUGAAAAUGAAAAGAAAAUCGAUGAUAUUGAUCAAUCAUCAUCAACGAAUAUGGUUGAAAAAUCUAAUUUACAACCAGAUUAUUAUGAACAAUUAUUAGAUGUAUUCGGUAAAAACAAAGACGUAGCACCAGAAUCGGAUUCUAGCGAUGGUGAUGAUGAUGAUCAAAUGGAAUCGACAGUUCAAUCUUCACAGAAUGAUAAUGAAGAUUCUGAAGAAGAUUUUAAUAGCGAAGAUGAAGAUGCCAAUGAUAAUGAUGAUGAUGAUGAUGAUGAACAACAAAUGAAACCAGGUAACAAUAUCAACGAUAAUUUUGUUCGUCAUUUUUUUACAAAUUUUCAAUCAAACGAUAUUGAAUUAUUAAAAACAUCAAAACAACAACAGACAAUUAAUCAUUCAUAUCGAUAUCCAAAUAUUGGUACAUUUAUUGAAUCACGAUCAUCGAUUGAAUGUUUUAAUUUGAUCCGAAUCGAUAAUCAACCACCAAUCAAUUUGGAUUCAAUUCAAUUGAGACCAUCAUUGCGUGAAAAUAUAUCAAAAACAAUGUUAAAAUUAACAAAUAAAAAACAUCAAGCGCUGACAUCAUUUCAAUUGGAACUUUUAUCAUUAUUAAUGACAUAUAAAAAUUUAUUCUAUCCAGAACGAACAAUGAAUAAUAGUGAACAAAUUCGUCUUGUUUAUUCAUUACAUGCAUUGAAUCAUAUUCUUCGUACACGUUCAAGAAUUAUUUCACAUAAUUCAAAAAUCAAAAAUAAUCUUAAUCAUCAAAAUAUAAUGGAUAAAGAAGAAUAUCGUGAUCAAGGUCUAACACGACCAAAAGUUCUAAUCGUUUUGCCAUUUAGACAUUCAGCAUAUUUAACAGUAAAUCUUAUGAUUGAUCUACUUUUUGGUGAUAAUAAAGAUUCGGGUGAGAAAAAAAUUCAUCUUAUGAAUUAUAAACGUUUUGUUAAAGAAUUUGGUCCUGGUUCAAUGGAUGAUCAAUUACGAAUUAGUUCACGAAAACCAGAUGAUUAUAAACAAUUAUUUGCCGGAAAUAUUGAUGAUUCAUUUCGUCUGGGUUUAUCAUUGACGAAAAAAUCAUUAAAAUUAUAUUCAGAUUUUUAUUCAUCCGAUAUAAUCAUAGCAUCACCAUUAGGUCUUCGUUUAAUCAUUGGUGCAUCAGGUGAUGAAAAACGUGAUUAUGAUUUUCUUUCCUCAUUGGAUAUGGUUAUUUUGGAUCAAACGGAUAUUUUUCUAAUGCAAAAUUGGGAACAUGUUCUACAUUUAUUUGAUCAUCUGCAUCGUAAACCACGUGAAACACAUGGUGUUGAUUUUUCACGUGUAAAAUUAUGGAUUUUAGAAUUAUGGUCAAAAUUUUAUUAUCAAUUAAUAUUGUUUACAUCAAUUGAAUCAACAAUGAUAAAUGGAUUUUUUAAUAAAUUUUCAACAAAUUUUGAUGGUAAAUUAAUUAUACGUAAUGAAAUUGAUCAUAAUCAUUCAGCUAUUAAUCAUGUUUAUAUACAAUGUUCACAAAUAUUUCAAAGAUUUGAAUGUGAAACAUUCGGACAAAAAAUGGCUGAUGCAAGAUUUGAAUUUUUCACCCAGAAAAUUCUACCAAAAUUUCGUCAUGAUCCAAUGAUGAUACGUACAAUGAUUUUUAUACCAUCAUAUUUUGAUUUUGUACGUUUACGUAAUUAUUUUCGUAAUGAAGAUAUAAGUUUUUCACAAAUAUGUGAAUAUUCUAAACCGGGUAAAGUUGCAAAAGCCAGGCAUAUUUUCUUUUAUGGUGGUCGUCAUUUUCUUCUUUACACUGAACGUUAUCAUUUUUAUCAUCGACCAACAAUAAAAGGUAUACGUCAUUUGAUUUUUUAUGAACCACCAUUAUAUUCAAAAUUCUAUUCCGAAAUGAUAAAUUCAAUGAAUUAUUCAAAUCAAGGUAAAAAAAUGUUUACCGAUUAUAGUUCAAUGACUGUUACGGUUCUGUAUAAUAAAUUUGAUAUACCAACAUUAUUACCAUUAAUUGGAACAAAAUCAAUGUCAAAAUUAUUAUCAUCAUCAUCCGCAUCCACAUCGAAUAAUGUUCAUAUGUUUAUUACUGAAAAUAUUCUUCAUUGAUUUUGAUUCUUUUGAUUC